CUUAAAAAGCGACUUUCAGAAAAGUUAAAGGUUAGACUUAUUGCAGUUGCUGUAGGAUUCUAAAUUCAGGUGGUCAUUUCAAACUAACCAACAACAACUGAAAAUAUUCGUGUAAUAUAUAUCAUUAAGCAUGGACCAACAUGAGGAUGUGACUGAACCAAUGGAGAUAGAUCCUUCAGAGAAAAGGAAAAGAAGAUGUUGCAAUAAAUUAAAGAUAUUCUUGGCAGCUCUGUCCUUUAGCUAUAUCUGCAAGGCAUUGGGUGGAAUUACUAUGAAAACUUCCAUCACUCAAAUAGAAAGGAGAUUCGAAAUAUCUUCUUCUGUUGCUGGUUUAAUUGAUGGAGGCUUUGAAAUUGGAAAUUUGUUUGUGAUCGUGUUUGUCAGUUACCUUGGAUCCAAAUUACACAGACCAAAGCUAAUUGGAAUUGGCUGUGUCAUUAUGGGAGCUGGAAGUAUCCUGACUGCUUUGCCUCAUUUCUUCAUGGGACGUUAUAGAUAUUCUACAGAAACCCAUAGUAAUGCAUCAGAAAAUGUAUUAUCAACUUGUUUGGUUAACGAAACUUCAUCACUCACUGACACAUCUGAAAUAGUGGCAAAAGGUUGUAAGAAGGAAUCUGAGUCAUACAUGUGGAUCUAUGUCCUGAUGGGUAACAUGAUUCGUGGAGUAGGGGAAACUCCAAUAUCACCCCUGGGAAUUUCUUAUCUUGAUGACUUUGUUAAAAAAGAACAAUUCUCUGUAUAUAUAGGUACUUUGAAUUCAAUAGCAAUGAUUGGCCCAAUCCUAGGCUUUACAACGGCAUCUCUGUUUGCUAAAAUGUAUGUGGACGUUGGAUAUGUAGAUCUGAGCAGCAUCAGAAUAACUCCCCAGGACUCCCGUUGGGUUGGUGCUUGGUGGCUUGGUUUCCUUAUGUCUGGACUGCUCUCCAUUAUUUCUUCCAUACCAUUCUUUUUCCUACCUCGAAAUCCAAAUGAACCACAGAAACCAAGAAGGAAAGUUUCAGCAUCUUUUCAGGGACUCAAAACAGAGGAAGAAAAAAAUCAAACAGCUAAUUUGACCAAUCAUGGUGAAGAUAUUACUGUGACUGGUUUUUUAAAGUCUGUGACAUGCCUUCUUACCAACCACAUAUAUGUUUUAUAUGUAAUUUUGACAUUGACAACUUCCAGCAGUUUCAUUGGUGGGCUGACUUAUAUCUUUAAGUACGUAGAGCAACAGUAUGGUCAGACUGCAUCUCAGGCUAACUUGCUUUUAGGAAUCAUAAAUGUACCUACUAUGAUAGUUGGAAUGUUUCUAGGCGGAUAUCUCAUUAAGAAACUGAAAUUAACCACGGUUGGAAUUGCCAAAUUUGCAUUACUUAGUGCAUGCAUUAGCACCAUGUCCCACUUACUACUUUUUCCUUUGAUGUGUGAAAGCAAGUCAGUUGCCGGCUUAACUCUGAGCUAUGAUGGACUUAAUCAAGUGAGUUCUAAAGCAAGUGUACCACUGUCUUACUGCAACUCAGAUUGCAAUUGUGAUGAAAAUCAAUGGGAACCAGUCUGUGGGAGCAAUGGAAUAACUUACCUGUCACCUUGUCUGGCAGGAUGCAAAUCUAGAGGUGGUGUUGAGAAGUCUACUGUGUAUUAUAAUUGUAGCUGUAUUGAAGUAUCGGGUUUACCCAGCAAAGAUUUUUCAGCCCGUUUGGGUGAAUGUCCAAGAGAUGAUGGUUGUAAUAAAAAGUACUUCAUUUAUAUAUGUGUGAAAGUUCUGUUUUCCUUUUUUGCAACACUGGGAAGCGUUUCACUCGUCUUGCUCCUUGUGAGAAAUGUUCAACCUGAUUUGAAGUCACUUGCCUUGGGCUUGCAUUCAUUGACUAUCCGAGGACUAGGAGGAAUUCUAGCUCCAAUAUACUACGGGGCUCUUAUUGAUACAACAUGUUUAAAAUGGUCCACCACUAGCUGCGGAACACGAGGGGCCUGUAGGAUGUAUGAUUCCAUAUUAUUAGGAAAUUCCUACUUGGGAUUGAAUGUGUCAUUAAAAUUUUUAGCAAUUGUUGAAUAUAUUCUAUUUAUUUAUGUCUUAAAGAAAAAAUAUAAUGGAAAAGAUUCCAAGACAUUUGAAGAAGGAGGAAAAUUUACAAAUGGAGCAAACCUUGAGUCAUCAAAUAACAAUGAAUAUUUUGAACCUUCUGCAAUAGUCAAGGAAACACAAUUUUAAGGGAAGAAAAAGAUUUCUCUUUCUGUUUCUGAAAAAAGAAAAGCAUGUAUUGAUGUUGUAAUUUGCUCUUUUUCAAUUCCUGGUCAUUUCACUGUGAGUUCUCACAGUGUACAAUGAUAGAAAAACAAUGUUUCUAUGAAAGAAAAAUAAAGAAAAAGUAAUGGGAAGAGUCAUGUUAGGGUGUUGCUACAUACUUAUAGUUAAUACUGAAUACAAGAUCCAUGUGAAUUUGAAAUGAGAUGCCUGGUUGAUGUAUAUUAAAAUAAAAGAUAUUUAAUCAGUAAUUGUAUCUCUUAACAAGAUUUGCCAAUAGAAAAUAGACAAAGGAAGAGCCGAGUGUUUAGCUCAGUAGCACAAGCUCCUGCUUGGCAAUUGUGAAGUCAUGAGUUUGAUCCCUGGUUUAAAAAAAAUAGACAAAGGUGACAAAAAGAGAGUGAAAUUCAGAGCCUAAGCAAGGCAAAAAUCGUGAUGUUUUAGACAAGUAAGAGUGGAUAUUUUUUCUGUAGUCUGAAGUCUAGGCAUGAUGGAGGAGUCAUGCAAUCUUAACAUGUAUUUUUUUGCAAGUCAUACAUGUCACAUACCUCAUUAAUUGAAAUUCUGAAGUGGUCUUUGACUUGACCAAGGUUAUCUUCUUCAAAUAAGAUAAUGCUGAAGAAUUUGAAAUAUUAAAACAUUUGCAACCAUAUUAGAAAAUGUAAGUUUCUAUCACAGCCAUGGAUAUGGUUUGAUACAAAUUGACUGUAACUUCAUAAAGCAAUACUGUUUAAUGCAUGUUUUCAUUGUACCUGUCUGUUCUCUGGAAAAAGUAAAGUAGAAGGCAGAUAAAAUAUCAGUUAUUGUCAUUCCAUGCUUUUUAAUUGUUUGGGGUUUUUUCAUUCAUUUAUUUGGGCUUAAAAAUGUAUCUUUCAAAUUUCUGUUAGGAGACCUAAAGUAAAGUGAAUGAAAACAAAUAUUUGAAUAUUGUAUUCUCCAGUGAAAUUGAUUCAGUGUGAUGAAUGCUAGAGUUGUAUGUUUCUUCAUUCUCAUUGUUUGCAAAGUUUUUAUGCCUCAUUUACAUUGGAAUCACGUGUCAAAUUAAAAACUACGUAAUAAUA